AUGGCAAUACUCAUAUCCCACCUUAUUCUCGGCUUCAGCCUCAUCGGGCUGGUCAAAUCGCUUGACAGCAGCGUAGGACCUGAUUCUGUGUGCGGAUACAUCAAUGGCGGUCAUGCGGUUUCUUAUCCAUACUGGGCCACAGCAAUAGAUAUGUCGGGUGUUGUGAUGGCGCAAAUUGUGCCAUUCCGACCCACCGAUGACUCCCUCCCGGCAUGUGCAACUUAUACAUGGCCAGGGUUUGGGGCAGAGGGGUACUUCUGCGCUCCUUCGAGAACUACCAUAACAGUAAUCGCAGAAAAAACUGCUGGAGAUGAGACUACUUCAGCGAUCGAACCAUCAGAUGCAACCACUGCUCCAUUGCCAGAGCCAACCGAUGGAGGAGAAACAGAUUAUAGUACAGCCGAUGGCCAUCCACAACCAACACUUGAUGGUGGGCCAAACCUAGGGACCGAACAUGAUUUGAGCUCGCAACAGAGAAUUGGCGCAGGAGUUGGCUCAGGAGUUUCUGGAGGAUUGCUCUUGUUGUUUUUUGCGAUCUUUGGAUGUUUAAGUAAUAUUCAUGUGGUCUGGGUACACAAAUCCUAA